AUCAGGGAGAGACCAGAAGGGGAAAAAUAAAAAAAUAAAAAAAAAUUCGGAACGUCUCUCUCUGGUUUGUCUCUUCGGCUUCCGUUAUCUCAAUCUCUCUCUCGGAUCUGGUCCAAAACGUUUUGGGGGCUCAUCGGAGCCGUUUUGAGCUUGUUUGAUCGGCUUUAGGGAUUCAUUUAUAGACUUCUCUGGCUAAAAGGAGAGGUGAAAAAAUGGAAAAUGAUGAGACUGGAUGCCAAGCUCCUCCUGAACGCCCUAUUUUGUGCAUCAACAACUGUGGCUUCUUUGGAAGUGUGGCAACGAUGAAUAUGUGUUCCAAAUGCUACAAGGAUACGAUGAUGAAACAAGAACAAGCUAAGCUCGCUGCAUCAUCUAUUGGAAGCCUUGUGAAUGAAUCAUCAAGCAGCAAUGCAAGUGAACCUGUUGCUGUUGCUGUUGCUGCUGCUGCCACUGUGGAUGUGCAAGUUAGUUCAGUGGAGUCAAAAGUCAUCUCUGUGCAGCAGCCCUCAUGUGGUUCAAGCUCAGGGGAGAGUGUUGAGGCAAAGCCGAAGGAGGGUCCUAACCGGUGCAACAGUUGCAAGAAGCGGGUUGGCCUGACAGGAUUCAAAUGUCGCUGUGGUAACAUGUUCUGUGCAUCACAUCGCUACUCAGACAAACACAACUGCCCCUUCGAUUACCGCACUGCAGCACGGGAUGCAAUAGCGAAAGCAAACCCUGUUAUCAAGGCAGAGAAGCUUGAUAAAAUCUAAAUCGAACGAACGUUUCAAUUUUACCAAAAAAAA